UUUCUCUUUUACUCUCAGUUUGGUUUCCUCCAAACUCCUCGUCCGAACAUGGGGUCCGAUAAACCUCUCCACAUCCUCCUCUUCCCCUUCAUGGCCCAAGGCCACAUCCUCCCCAUGCUCGACAUGGCGAAGCUCUUCGCGGUCCGUGGGCUGAAGGCCACCAUCCUCACAACCCCGGCCAAUUCUCCUCUCUUCCAACCAUCCAUUGAUCGUGCCAACGGUUCUGGAUAUUCGUACCCUAUCCAACUUCACUUGAUUCCGUUUCCCUCCGGAAGUGGCCUUCCGGAGGGAUGCGAGAACAUGUCAUUCGUCCCCUCACACCUAAAACCGAACUUCUUCGAGGCGACAAGGAUGCUACGGGAGCCGUUCGAUCAGGUCCUCAGAGGCCUCCUCCCCGAUUGUGUCGUGACAGGAGCGUUCUUCCCAUGGACGACCGACGUUGCGGCUGAGCGUGGGAUACCGAGGCUCGUUUUUUAUGGCUCAAAUUAUUUCUCCCGUUGUGCGUCUUAUACGGUAAAACGCCACAAAAUCCUCGAAAAUUCGACUGAAGAGAUGGAGCCUCUCUUACUUCCUGACCUCCCGCAUAGGAUUGAGCUGCUCAAGUCUCAGAUCCAGGAUUUCAAAAAGGCCGCACCUUUUCUUGUAGACUUGCUUAACCAAGUAUACGAGUCUGAAUCAAGGAGCUAUGGCUUGUUAGUAAACAGCUUCUACGAGUUAGAACCGGACUAUGCCGACUACUAUAGGAAUGUAAUCGGAGGUAGAACAUGGGCCAUCGGCCCUAUGUCGCUAUGCAAUGAAGACGCGUUCGAAAAGUCUAGUAGGGGAAAUUUUGCGAAGGAGUUCGAUCAUGACGCGUGCCUGAAUUGGCUCGAUAGCAAGAGCGCGGGCUCCGUCAUCUACGUCUGUUUUGGGAGCGCCUGUGAAUUCACCGUAGCCCAGCUUCGUGAAUUGGCACUAGGGCUCGAGGCGUCAAACCAUCCGUUCAUUUGGGUCGUGAGGAAGGGAGGCGAGGAGGCGAUCCCUCGAGGAUUCGAAGAGAGAGUUAAAGGGAAGGGAUUUAUCAUCCAAGGCUGGGCACCACAGGUACUGAUACUGAACCACAAAGCAGUCGGAGGAUUCCUCACGCAUUGCGGAUGGAAUUCGAGUCUAGAGGGAAUUAGUGCGGGCCUACCGUUUAUCACAUGGCCUUUGUUUGCGGAGCAAUUUUAUAAUGAAAGGUUGAUCACAGAUGUGUUGAGGAUUGGGAUCGCGGUUGGGGUGAAGGAAUAUACUUGGAGGCCGGAGGAGAGGGCGUUGGUUGAGGCCGCAAUAAUAGAGAAGGAAGUGAAUAGACUAAUGGGCGAAGGCGAGGAGGCAGAGGAGAGGAGGAGGAAGGCGAAGGAGCUCGGAGAGAAAGCAAAGAAGGCGGUUGAUGAAGAGGGCUCAUCUUAUGUUGGUCUGAGUAAUCUGAUUGAGGAGUUGAAAGGAAAUGUGAAGAACCAAGCGUGAGAGAUUGGAAGAAAAUUAUUGCAAUAAUUUACUUCUCUGUGUAGUUAAACAAUUUAAACUCAGUGCCUUUUUUAACUCCGAGUUCUAGAUGUUGUUGA